AUGGAUUCUUUCAAAGACAAAGUCUACGUCGUAACAGGGCUCGGAGGCAUCGGUCUAGCCGUCGCAAAGCAACUCCACGCCCGCGGCGCACUCCUCUCCCUCGCCGACAUCUCUGAAAAGACACUCAACAACGCAGUCCAAACAAUCACAAACUUCUCAUCCCACCCCUCCAUCCUAUCCACGGUCGUAGACAUCGGCUCUUCAUCGGCCGUGAACGACUGGAUCAGCGCGACGGUCCAGCAAUUCGGCAGAAUCGACGGCGCGGCCAAUAUGGCCGGUGCUAUUGGCAAGAACCACGGCAUGGGCAAGUUCAUUGAUCUUGAAGACGAUGAGUGGGAUAUGCUUGUGCGUGUUAAUUUGUCCGGCAUGAUGUAUUGUCUGCGCGCGGAGGUCAAGGCGAUUAUGGCCUCGGCGCCCGGUGGGAAGGGGAGUAUUGUUACGGCGUCUAGUAUUCAAGGAUUGCGUGGCUUCCCGUUGCAUACGGCUUAUUCGACGACGAAACAUGGGGUUAUUGGGUUGACGCGCUCGGUUGCGAAGGAGGUUGGGCCGAAUAUUCGGGUUAAUUCUGUUGCGCCUGGUUCGAUUCAGACUCCUCUGCUUGAUCAGGCGACUGUUAUCCAGGGCAAGCCUACCGUUCCUGAUACAAUUAUUCCGAGGGUUGGCACGCCAGAUGAGGUGGCUCAGACGGUGGUGUUUCUGUUGAGUGAUGCGGCGUCGUAUACGACCGGCCAGGUGUAUAGUGUCGACGGUGGGUGGGAUCCCUAA